CACUUGUCUACACGCCUUACGCAGAAUAUAAGGACGCCCCCUACGGUGGAAGUCGGCGGGUCCUCGUCGAGUCUCCUUGAACCGCCUCCGUGCACGGCUUCGCAUCAGGGACAGGUCUGCCACCGGGAGAAAAACUACCGCACCGCGGGAACGUCGACGCCCGCUUUGGGCUGGUUUUGAGGAACGAUGAGGACGGGCACGGCGUUGAUUUAUGAUGAGGAGAUGACCAAGUACAAACUGCUCUGGGUUGAUCCAGCGUGUAAGAUCGAAGUACCCGAGCGUCUGACGGUGAGUCAUGAAGCUUUGGUCAGGAGCGGUCUGGCUGAUCGCUGUGUCUCCAUACCUGUCCGCGAGGCAACGGAAGCAGACAUCCUGCUGGUUCACAGUGAGGAAUAUCUGGAGGCGGUGAAGAAGACCCCUCACAUGACUCUGGAGGACCUGAAGGAGUUCACCCUCCAAUAUGGCGACGUCUACUUCCACCCUAACAUUUAUCGCUGUGCCAAGCUGGCUGCAGGAGCCGCACUGCAACUGGUGGACAGUGUAAUGACGGGGAAGGUGAGGAAUGGCAUGGCUCUGGUCAGGCCACCAGGGCACCACAGUAUGCGCAGUGCUGCCAGUGGUUUCUGCGUGUUCAACAAUGUGGCCAUAGCAGCUCAAUAUGCAAAGCAAAAAUAUGGAGUAAAAAGGGUGUUGAUAGUUGACUGGGACAUACAUCAUGGUCAAGGGGUCCAGUACUGUUUUGAAGAUGAUCCAAGCGUCCUCUACUUCUCAUGGCACCGCUAUGAGCAUCAGAAAUUCUGGCCUCAGCUUAGAGAAUCGGACUUUGACAGUGUUGGCAAAGAGAAGGGGGCCGGAUUCAAUAUAAAUGUACCGUGGAACAAGGUGGGAAUGCAGGACAGCGACUAUGUUUCAGUCUUCUGUCAUCUCCUUUUGCCAGUCGCGUACGAGUUUUGCCCAGACUUGGUGUUGGUGUGUGCGGGCUUUGACUCAGCCAUCGGUGACCCAGAGGGUGAAAUGUGUGCCGCUCCAGACGUCUUUGCCCACCUCACUCACCUCCUGAUGAACCUUGCAGGAGGCAAACUGUGUGCUGUGCUGGAGGGAGGGUACAACUUGACUUCGCUCGCCCAGUCUGUGUGUCAAACAGUUCAGACGUUGCUUGGAGAUCCAGCACCUCGACCUGCAGACCUCGCCGGGCCCUGUAAAAGUGCGCUUGAGUCCCUUCACUGUGUCCGAUCAGCUCAUAGGCAGUACUGGUCCUGCCUCAAACAUGCAGCUGAUCUACCCUCCCCUGAUAUCAGCACCAAGCGCGUUAAAUUGGCAGAGGAAGAAGACGAAGAAGUAACACUGGACAAGGGAGAAGAGGAGGAAAGCGCAGAGGAAAAGGUGUGGCCAGAGCCUCUGAAACGAGUCCCUCCUCCUACCCGUACUGCUGUAGUGCUCCCUGAUGGUGUCGCUUGCCCGGACGGAUGUAAAAACUUCAGACCAUCGGAGGAUCUCGACCCACUCAUAGUGAACAAACUCAAGGAGGAUUUCCUCAAAGAUGCAGAUGACAGUGAUGCUCUCUCAACCCUCUCCAGUCUUGUUGCCCUUGUAGAGAAAAUGGAGAAGAAUGAGGUCUGCAGUGGCUUGGCGCUGGUCCGCGACGUCUCCGUGGCGAUGAUGUGUGUUGUCCAACAUGCUGCAUCUGCGCUCAGGAACCGGGUUUUGGUUGUGUGCCUCGGGGACGGGAAGGUUCCGAGUCACGUCACAGAAGAUGGGAAAACGUGCGUCGUGCAGUUCAGCGACAAGGAGUCAGAGGAACAGGAAUCCAAAUAUUACAUUCCUGUCUGUCUGAAGAAGGGCUACGGUGACGUGUCGGGGUUCAUACAGGCCGUGCUGGGCCUCCUCCUGCCUCUGGGAUAUGAGUACGACCCCGGUCUGGUUCUGUUGGUUCGGAUGUCAGAUAGUGGGCCGUGUGAGAGCGCGUGGCAACAACUAACCGGUCUGCUGCUGGGCCUAGCACAAGGACACACGCUGGUACUCUUGCAGGAAGGUGAGAGAACACGUGUCGGCCCCACAGCCUCCUCCCUCCUCGGGGACCCAGCCCCCUCUUUGGGGCAGCUUCCUGCCCCUACACCAGAGGAUGUGGAGUCAAUGGAGCGGCUGAGACACAGGCUGAAGGCUGACUGGAAACUCCUGCAGACCACGGGUGACUUCACAACAGCAGCAGCAGAUAUAAACUUGACUCAUUGUCUGACAUCCGCACAGCUUUUAAAAUUACCUGGACUGUAUUAAUAAGAGUUUGUUUCUCCUAAAAACAGCACAAGGAAGUGGAGGAGGUGAUGAGCGCUGAAGCUGGUCCUGCUGUUUUUUGUAGGAAAAAAAAAAAAAUCAGAUGAAGCAUUUCAAAUGUCACAAUGCAGUUUUGUAUUUUUUGCCAAUUUAUAAUGUCUGGAAGUGGAAUGAUUUGGAAUUCAUGAACAUAUUGUGAAUACCAUGGUUGAUUCAUCUAUUUUUGAUACAUAGAUUAACACACAACAUCAGCUCAGUUUUAUGAAACAUUUGCUUACAUCAUUAAGGUUUUGGAAAAAGUGUUUUUUCUUUUUCUUCCAUUGGCAACUGAAACUCUGUAUGUGAAUAUAUUGUAUCUUACAUUUAUGUAGUCAAAAACAGACAUUCAGCCUUUAAAUACGGAAAAGUUGAUAGUAACUGACAAAUUGUAGAGCCUAAAAAUUACAGAUAGAUAGCACUAGUUAACAUCUGACAAUAAUUUGUCAUUACUUUAUAGUAAAUUGUUUAAUAGGCCUAGUUCUAGUCUAGUUACAGGCUUAAUAAGCAGGUUAGAUAUGGUCGGGUCUUUAAUAUUAUUUUGUUUUUCUUUAUAAUUUAUCUCCACAUUUUUAUAAAUGAUUACCAAAUGGUAGAUCUUAAAUGGCUUUCACGUUGACCUCAUUACAAACCAUUGAUGUUCACGUGUGGUUUCUAAACCAGUGAUGUGACGCCAGUGUCUCAGCAGGGUGUCUGAACUUCACCCUUUGGUCUCCAUAGUUUUGAUGCACUGAUAGAAACAAGAGCCCAGUUUUGGAGAAGAGACACGAACGCCCGGACUCUGUUUGCAAAACAGCAAAAUGCGUGCACCAAAAGGUUGUCCAAGCACUGCACACAGCCUUUACACAAUAAAUAAAAUAUUGAAUAUUUCGUCACCUAACUUAGGAGUUUUGCACAUGAGAGACUGCGUUCAAUGGAUGUUCAACAGUAUAUAAAUAAAACACUCAUCAUGCGAGCUUAGAUAGAAGCACAAGUAGCAGUAAGAACUUUUACUUUAGUUGAAAAGUCAAGACCACAAAAAAAAAAAUCAAAAAUACUUGACUACAAGUAAAAGUCCUGCACUCAAAAUCUUAUGCAAAAAUAGGAGUACUAUGAGCACAAAGUACUAAAGUGCUCAUAAUGCAAAAUAAAUGCCUCUCUUUCAGAAUGGCAUUUAUCAUGAAUAUACUAUUAUAUUUUAACAUGCAAGCAGCCUUUUAGUGUUUUCAAGGUAGAGCUCAUUUUGACAACUUUAGAAAAUAUUGGGUCAUUUAAUCUAUUACAGUGCACAUUUUCUAAACCAGGGUCUCUGCAGGGUUCACCAAGUCAAAUUUAAAGUUUUUAAAAAAACAUCUUUAAUACAACUUCGUGUGCAACUUCAUCCCUGUCUCACUGACGCAGCGGCCAGUGUAUGAAAGUUAACGGUGAAAAUCAGAGGGGACAAAGAGGCCUAGAAUUAUUUACCGGGUGCAUGAAUUGAUUGAUAUUUGUACCACAUUCGUGUCAGUAGUUCCUGGCAGUUAUAUAAGAGUUCCUAAUAUUAUUAUCACAUAAUAAUUUGCAUGGAUUAACCAAUUAAAAAAACAACUAACUAAUUCAAUGUCCAUGAAUUUCUCCAGCCUGGUUUUUGCUAA